CUUAUCAGUACAAGCGUCUGGGAUUCAACUACUGCCGCGCUACUCAGGAAUUCAACAACCAGACUUCACUGGGUGAUAUUGAAAGACACAUGUAGUGUAUGCAACAUUUCCUCUCCGUGGCGGCUACAGACCCGACGAAGGCUUCGUUUUGAACAGUGGGAUGUGUACCAAAAGCUACCUUUUGGGGCACUUUGAAGCCCUGGACUGGCGUCCCUUGCAAUUUCUGGGUCUCCCUUCGACAAUAUCGUGUGACUUGUGCUCUUGCGUUCCUGAGAAGAUCUUCAGGCUCGAAUGUUUCCAUUCCCUUUGUGAAGGCUGUUACCAGAGCGUUCUUCGAAGCAACCCACGGUGCCCGCUCGACAGGCAAGAGUUACAUCAAAGUGAAGUGAUUAUUUUACCAAUUAAGACGACUAGUCUGCAGAAGCUGGAGGUUCGCUGCUGCAAUUUUAAGCAUGGUUGUCCUUUCGUCGGAUCGCUGGAACGAAUGAAAUAUCACUUCUUGAAGGAUUGUGAGUUUCAUUCACUAACUUGUAAGAACUGUUCUGCCACUGUACUCCGUAAAGACAUCAUCAGCCAUCGCAUGGAAGAAGAAUGCGGGAAACAAUAUAGUCAAAGGGGAGAUGUUGAUAUUGAUAGUAGCGUCCUCGUAAUCGGACGAGGGAUCAACACUUCAAUGGCGGAUAUAUCCGAUAAGCUUCAUGCCAUUGAAGACCACUUAAGUAGUCAUACUGUCGGGAUCGACACUACCAAAGAAUGUGUUGUGAAUUAUGCGCAAGUACUCCGCACGAUUCAAGAGGAACUUAGGCUCUCCACAGAGGGUAUAUCAAACUUGGUCACUAGUAUGCACACAGUUCGGGAAGCGUUGUCUUCGAUUGAAGACCAACAGAGCAAACAAGCUCUAAGUGCCGCCGAAGUUCAGAAUAUCGUCACUUCGAAUCGAGAGAGGCUAACUGUUGUGGUAGAACUGCAAAAUGAAGUAGCUCAGAACGUACUCACAUCUGGUGAAAGGUGGAAACAAUGCUCAGGGAAACUUGAAGCGAUGUCGAAACGCAUACGAGAUCAUUCGUCAUCAGCACACGACAGACUGAGUACCAUGAGAGAUAUGCUCCAAGCUCCACAGGCUCCCAUAGGAUACGGAACCAACGUUGCUUUCUUUCAUGUUACAGAGGUCGACGACCUUCAGAAGAAAGCAAUUGAAGAGGGGUUGGCCUAUGCCUUAUCUGAUGUUUUUGCGUUGUGUGGCUAUUCUGUAAAGUUAAGUGUGUAUUUGAAACGAUAUGAUGGAAUCAUGUACAUAGGAGCCUAUCUACAUAUUUUUCGAGGUCCGAAAGACUCCCUCUUGAAAUGGCCCUUCUUGUUUCCUUAUAAGCUCAUAUUGGUCCAUCCAACUGACGACAAAAGGAACACUGAAUAUACUACUGAUGUGCCAAACGUGUUUCAAGAGACCCCUGAAAGCUUCGAUAGGCCAGUCGAAAGUUCAAACAAAGGCUGCGGCACCCCGAAGUUAUGCAAACUGUUAGAUGCCUUCAAUCGUGGCUUUGUUUACAAGAACUCAAUUACUGUUGGCGUUACCCUUGUCCAAAGUAGGCAGUAGUAUUUGGUUAAAGCUAUGAACCUAUGACGUACCAGCCUAUAUGGCUGGUACCAAACCGUUAUAAUCUAUACGAUUCAAUACGCCAAAUCAUUUCCUAAUUUGUUCUUUUAUCGACUGCGAUGCUGCUGCUGUGUUUUUCUGUGUUUUGUGCAAUAAAGCAAUGAAAUCCG